AUGAUUUUAUUUAUUUAUGCGCAUUUGGUAUUUAUACUGUACUAUUUAAUAGGGCCGAGCCGGACCAAGGACGAGAUUCAAUAGCCGCUGUCUUUUAUAACGCGCUGGCGUUACUGGCUUAAAUCUAGGACGCGUCUGUAGCUUACGCGGUAUAUUUGCUAUGACCUGUGGAUCUUCAGGACCGACAGAUAGUUUUAUCGCGCAUUGGGCAUGGAUAAACAUAAACCGAAUUGAUUACAUUGAAAUUGGAGAAGAAGGAUAUGCAGAAAUAGUACUAUCCUGCAAAAAAUGCACAAAAAAAUACACAAUGGACGAGGCACAGGAGUUGACAUUAAAAGUAACAAAAGAAAAAAAAAGACAGAUAGAUGAUACAAGAACAACAGGGAAGGACAAAAAAAAAGGAGGGGAACUAAAAUUCACAGCAGAUGUAGAAGCCAUUAUGGAACAGUAUGAAUUAGCUAGAGAAAAAAUGGCAUGCAACAAAUGUGGAACAAUUGGAACUAUACAAAAAAAUGGAAGAAACCAAGGAGAACCACCAAAGCCACAAUACAAAUGCAAACACUGCGAAAAAGGAACAACGUUUGCGGAGAUGAAAACUAUUUUAAAAUAUGAAACAAGAAUAACAAACGAGGAACAGAUGGAAAUAGAUACAGAAGAUAAAAGUGAAUUUGAAGAUGACAACGAAAAUGAUGUUUCAGAUAUCACAGACACAGAGAUGGAAGAAGAGGAUGAAUCAACAGGAGAAAUAAAUGUCUGGAACGAAAUGAAGCUGUUAAAGAAAAGAUUAGAAAAAACAGAAAAAGAAACAAAAAAAAUGCAGGAGCUGAUUAGGGAGAACAUCAACCUGAAAAAAGAAAAUAUUGAACUAAAAAAGAAACUGCGAGAAAUGGAAGAAGAAAAUGAGGAAGAAGAGUACAAGGAAACAAAUAAUAACAACAUCAAAUAUCAAGCAGAAGAAAUAAACCAAAGUAACAACCAGAACAGUAACAUGAACUCACAAAACGAGUUCCCAUACUUAAAAGCAACGAAAAGCAAUAUAGCACAACAACAAAUCAACAACAACAACAACAACAACAAUUGGACCAAAAGAAGAAAAAAUCAAUUUUUUCGACAAAACAACCCAACCAAGAAACAAUUGGAAAUAGCAACAAGAACAUUCGAGGAAAAAAAAGAGGAAAACAACUUUAUAAACAUACAUAUACCAUGCAAAAGACGAAUGAAACCAUCCGAAAUUAGAAAAAAAUUAGCCUUCGUAGGAAUCGACAAUAUUCAAGUACUUGAUACAUACUGUCCAGAUUGGGAUACAGUACUACUAUUAAUACACGAAAAAUAUAAAGACACAGCAGAAAAGAAAUUGGAACAGGCGGGUAUAUUCACAAAGGAAUAUAACUACCUAUAUAUUUCACAUUUAAGAGACAGCAAAUUAACAGGAUUAUCGACAGAAGAAAAAACAGCAAAACUGGAGCAAAUUAGGAACAACUGUUCAAUGAGAGCACUAGAAUUUAUUAGAGAGCCGGUAAAAAAAUCAGUAGCAAGAUGCUUUUACCGCCAAAACAUUAUUACCGAAGACCAACUGAAACAAAUAUUGACAGGAAGAAAUAUGAACGAAGCAAUGGACAUUUUUCAGGAACCAGCAACAGAAGAACAACCAAUCGGAGGUAAUCCGGAAGGAUCUCAAAAAACACCAGCAACAAAUUAA